GAAGGGGCGCUGAGCCACUGAAAUUUUGAGCGAAAUGGCAAAGGUUGCACCGAAGAAGAUGCCCUAUGUCCGUUUGGGCAAGUCUGGCUUGAAGGUGUCCAAGAUCAUUCUUGGGACCAUGCAAUACGGAGACCCAAAUUGGCAAGGCUGGGUGCUACCCGAGGAGGAGGCAGUGAACCACAUCAAGGCGGCUUAUGACGCUGGCAUUCAGACGUUCGACACUGCGGAUACAUACUCGAAUGGUCUAUCUGAAGUGGUCCUCGGCAAAGCUAUCGAAAAAUGGAACCUUCCUCGCGAUGAGAUCGUUGUGAUGACGAAGGUAUUUUUUGUGGUUGGACGUACCCCUCAAGAAAGCUACAUCAAUGUACCCAGGCCCGAAGCUGCUGGGUACGUCAACCAGACGGGCCUUAGCCGCAAGCAUAUUUUCGACUCCGUGAAGAAGAGCUUGGAGAGACUCCAGCUUGACUACAUCGACGUCCUCCAAUGUCACAGGUUCGAUAACAACACCCCUAUCGAAGAAACGAUGCAAGCUCUGCACGACGUCGUGAAGGCUGGAUUCGUUCGCUAUAUCGGAAUGAGUUCUUGCUGGGCCUAUCAAUUUCAUGCAAUGCAAAGCUACGCUAUUGCGAACAACUUGACCCCCUUCAUAUCUAUGCAAAACCAUUACAGCCUUCUCUAUCGCGAGGAGGAGCGUGAGAUGUUCCCCACACUUAAGCUAUUCGGUGUAGGUGCCAUCCCAUGGUCGCCCCUCGCCCGGGGUCUGCUCACCCGGCCGCUCAAUAGCCAAACCAAACGCACAGAGACCGAUCCCUAUGCGCGCGGUUUCCCACCGGAAUCGGGCGCUCACGAUAUCAUUAACCGAGUCGAGGAGCUCGCGAAGAAGCGGGGAAUCAGCAUGGCACAGGUCGCGCUCGCGUGGAUGUGCUCCAAAGAAGGCGUCUCUGCCCCUGUUGUUGGUCCUACGAGUCUCAUAAACCUUCACGAUCUUAUCGAGGGCGUGCAUGUCAAACUUAGCGACGAAGAAAUUUUGUACUUGGAGGAACCGUACAAAUCCCAGGCCGUUCGUGGCCACAUGUAAGUAUGGAUCGGUGGGGUGGUACGUGAAAGAUUUUCCCACCCGGCCAAAAUUAUACUUGGUAGAAGCAUCCAGGAAUACCAAAUGUGGGACUUGCUACGCGGAAGCGAUCCUUCGAUUUUCUGUGACGUACAAAUUCGAAGGAGCUCCCUUCGGACUCUUUGCAAAUCAAAGAGAGUCGUACGGUCGUCGUCGACUCCAAAGACGCAGCAGAAAGAUGAGAUCUCAUUCAUCUGUUACCAAACAUUACGUCAUAAAUGCCAUGAAGAGAGCUUCUUCUUUCCUCCC